AUUUGGCACGUCAGUAAAGAGACCGCCCAAUCAGAGAGCGACUCUCCGUUAGUUUGACCAAUCAACAGCCGGCACUGGUCGACCAGUGAUGACGCAAUCCAAGCAUGCCUGAGAGCGGAGGAUGUUGAGGUCUCUCUCCAGAGUCUUUUCCUAUGUUCAAGCUGAAAGAAACCUCAAAUCUGCUGUGCUUCGUAGCCUCUGGUCUGCAGCCUCCGUUUGUUCUGAUUUUUAUUUGAAACCCACCAUGGAGACUAAGCUUUACAAGCCCCCUCAAGAGGUCCGGGGUAUGACCUCUCUCAACAAAGAGGCCUUUACACAGACCAUCACUGUCCCGGCUCUACGGGUGCCCAAUGGGGUCUUAAACAAAGUAGUUAAGAGCCUGAAAAAGGCAACCAUCCAGCGCCCAGGGGUGCCCAGAGUAGUGCAAGAUGAAGAAGGGAGUAGUGACUUUCGUUUAGUCCUGUUGGACCCCCACAGAAUCUCCUCGUCAAGCUCCUUCAGUGAAGGUGAAGCCGAGGCUCUGAGGUCUUUCAGUGUGGUUCAGGAGCUGCGGCACUAUGAGCUGCAGCUCACCUACCACAACCUGAAGAGUGAUGAGGUGCUGGAGGCAGUGCUCCCCCCGGGUCAGGACGUCCCCUCUGGGUUCAGCCGGGUGGGACACAUCGCACACUUUAACCUGCGGGACCACCAGCUCCCAUACAAGAACCUUAUAGGUCAAGUCAUCAUUGACAAAAACCCUGGUGUUACCUGUGUGGUCAAUAAAACAAACAUGAUCGACACCACUUACCGCUACUUCAAGAUGGAGGUGAUGGCUGGGGAGGAGAACAUGGUUGCCAAAAUAAAAGAAAACGGGGUGACAUACGAGUUUGAUUUUUCACGUGUCUACUGGAAUUCCCGGCUGAGCACAGAGCACCAGCGCGUGGUGCAGCUCGUGAAACGCGGGGACACUGUGUUCGAUGUGUUCGCCGGCGUCGGACCUUUCGCCGUCCCGGCUGCCCGCUCCGGAGCCAAUGUUUUGGCCAAUGAUCUGAACCCAGAAUCCCACAAGUGGCUGCAGCACAACUGCAAGCUCAACAAGGUGGAGAAGAAAGUCCGCACCUUUAACCUGGACGGCAGAGCCUUCAUCCAGGGGCCCGUGAAGCAGGAGCUGCCUGUGCUGCUGAAGGGAAAGGCCAAGGUUCACAUAGUGAUGAACCUGCCUGCCCUGGCUCUGGACUUCCUGGAUGCUUUCAGAGGUCUGUUGCCCCAGGAGCUUUCCUGCGACGAGAACCUUCCCACAGUGCAUUGCUACAGCUUCUCUAAAGAAGACAACCCUGAUACGGAUGUGGUGAAGAGGGCCUCCUGUAGCCUCGGGUUCCCCCUGAAGGACAAGUGUUCUGUGCAUUUUGUGCGUAAUGUAGCACCCAACAAAGAUAUGCUCUGCGUGAGUUUCACCAUCCCUAAAGAAGUCCUCUUCAGCGGUGAUCAAGAAAAGACAGAUCCUUCAGAAGAACCUGCUCCAAAGAGACAGAAGUGUGAAGAAGCCACGGAUUCAUGAUCGACCUGCCGAUAUUAGGAAUAAAAAACAACUUUUUAGUUGAGACAUUUGACUUUUCUUUGUUUUUAAUCGGAGUUUAACUGAUGCUUAAUAACAGAUUAUGUUGCAUGUUGUCAUAGGAAAUCAUGUCCAAUCUGUACUUCAAUACAUCAUAUUUUGUUUCUA